UGGUCACAAAUUCCUAAAAAUAUCGUCGCCAUAUUGGUAUUGUCAAAAAGUUCGGGCUAAAUCAGUGUUGAGAAAAAAUGGUUUUUCACUCAUUUACCACUGAAUCUUCACUGUUUGUGUGAUCUAUAUUAACAGUGUGUGACUUUAGAUGUUUCGUUUUUCGGAGCAGUUGUGGUGUUUGGUUUGCAAAUGAUGUUUUCCGCCGAGAAAUGUGCGGAGCAGAGCACGGGUACUUCAGAGGGAGCUGAGCUUCUCGCCGGUGUCAGCGAAGGGCCGGGGAAGCAAGGAGUGCCCCCUGACGAAGUGGCCUCCGCAGUGGCUUCGGUGUCCCAAGAGAUCGGUGAUAUCCUGAAGGAUGAGCUGGGUGACGCUGACAGGGCUGAUCGGAUCGGUGCGGAGCUUGAGAACCUCAGUGCUGAACUCGGAAUGCUAGCGGGGCUGGCAGACCACGAACCUCAGCAGGAUUUCCCGUCGCUCUUCGAGAUCGCGAUGGGGAGCCACACCCACAGCCAUCGAGUGUCCGGCAGCGGGACAUCCUCGUCCUCCUCGUGGUCGGGCAGCGCGCGGCGCCCGGCGCGCCCGCAGCGGACCAAGCGGCGCCCCAUCGCCAAGGGCAAGGAGAUAUCCCGUCGUCGCAGCGCGGCCGCGCGGCGAGCCGCCUCGCUGCGCGUGCGUCGUGUCGAGGUCGUGUCGGACGCGUCGGACGUCGGCGCCGAGUCGGACGACUCGGAGGGGCAGUGGACCGAGCUCGAGGAUGCCUGUUCAUCUGACAGUUCGUCGUCGAAGCGGGUCGCUGAGGAGGCAGCGUGCAAUGGCUACCAGGAAGAACAGGCGGAACCGGAGGCUCCAGCCAUGGGGCAGUUCCUGCUGCCGCUGCUGAGCGCCGAGCCGGCACCGGAGCCCGAGCGGGCGCUGCUCAUCCGCCACGAGGACAUCCUGCAGGCUGUUAGGCUGGCACCAUUGCAUCUCCUGACUUCAAACGACGAUGUUGUGCCGAACGACCUGCCUCUAGAGGAAGAGGCGCCGCUCGAGCAGACUGACUCGCUAUCCGAGGAGUAUGAGUAUGAGGAGCCUCCAGUAACGCCUGAGGAAGAGGCUGCUUUGCUACAUUACGUUUGCGAAGCGGAGCGGCUAGCAUGUUCUCAAGAGCCGGAACAGUUCACCGCUGUGGAAGAGUGGCUGCUCGGCGUCUACCACGCGUGGUGCGAGAUCAGCGCGCUCAUGUACACGCUCAUAGGGGCCAACAUGAGUGUGGAGAUGGUCCGCGAGGACUGGGUGUACCGCGCCCGCUUCGGGUGCCACUGCCGCCUGUGCCUGUGCCUCGCCAACAACGCGGAGGCGCUGGCCCGGGUGCUCCGCCCCCUGCUCACGGCGCUCGCGAGAGGGAGCGAGACGAUACCAACGGCGGUGGCUCUGAUGCGUGCUCUGUCGCUCUCGUCGGCAGCGGAGCCGUGUCGCUACGCGGCGUGGCAGCUGUCGCGGCUCAAGCGGCACGCCGUGCACGAGACAGGUCUUGCCAUAAUACACGAGCAUCUGCUAAGACUGGAGGCAGAGAGCGAGCUGACUUGUGACAUCGUUAAUAAAGUGUGUUUAUGUCAACCCGUCGAUGAACCGCUGCAAAAAGAAAACGCCAUGGAAAGGUUGUUCAAGAUAUUGGAGAACUUUAAGGCUGCUUCUACAAUCACAUUUAAGGUGGACAUAGUGCCGCCCGUGGAGAGCGGCGCGGGCUGCGCGUGGGCGGGCAUGUGGCGCGCGCGCCUCGCGCGGUACCUCGCGCCCUUCCAGCGGUGCUCCACCGCGGCCCGCCUGCGCGACAUGAUGUCGCGCCCCGCCACGAGGGAUCUGAGUGCGUGGUCGGGGUACCAGCACCGCUGCGACUGCCUGACGCCGCGGACCGUGUGUGCGCAACAGCGGAAACUACUCUUGAGGAUCUCCUUCUUCGGCAUGAUGCAGGCGGUGAACGAGUUCAACAGCAGCAAGGAGCACGCGGCGCCCAUAGAGCCCGCGGGGGAGGAGCUGCAGCAGGGGGACGGCACGGGGGCCAAGCCUCCAGACACGGAGGGGCAGCCGGCGACGCAAGGCGAGGGAGCGAGAGAGCUGGAUGAGCAGGACAGCGACAAGUCCAUCGGCGACUUGGAUGACCUAUCGGAGUCAGACGGCGGUUCGGGCUCCCUCGGCCUCUCCAGUUCGUCUCUGGACUCGGCCUCGGAGCUGCUGCUAGCGGCCGCGGCGGCCGUGGAGUCCGGCUCGGAGGGCGCGGCGCCCGGCUCGCUGUGCCGCACCGUGCGGCAUCUCAUGCGCUCCAUCGCGUCUAUAGAGAGCUGUGCCGCGCACCAGCUCAUCCUGGACUCGGCCUCGGAGCUGCUGCUAGCGGCCGCGGCGGCCGUGGAGUCCGGCUCGGAGGGCGCGGCGCCCGGCUCGCUGUGCAGCACCGUGCGGCAUCUCAUGCGCUCCAUCGCGUCUAUAGAGAGCUGUGCCGCGCACCAGCCCAUCCUGGACUCGGCCUCGGAGCUGCUGCUAGCGGCCGCGGCGGCCGUGGAGUCCGGCUCGGAGGGCGCGGCGCCCGGCUCGCUGUGCAGCACCGUGCGGCAUCUCAUGCGCUCCAUCGCGUCUAUAGAGAGCUGUGCCGCGCACCAGCUCAUCCUGGACUCGGCCUCGGAGCUGCUGCUAGCGGCCGCGGCGGCCGUGGAGUCCGGCUCGGAGGGCGCGGCGCCCGGCUCGCUGUGCCGCACCGUGCGGCAUCUCAUGCGCUCCAUCGCGUCUAUAGAGAGCUGUGCCGCGCACCAGCUCAUCCUGGACUCGGCCUCGGAGCUGCUGCUAGCGGCCGCGGCGGCCGUGGAGUCCGGCUCGGAGGGCGCGGCGCCCGGCUCGCUGUGCAGCACCGUGCGGCAUCUCAUGCGCUCCAUCGCGUCUAUAGAGAGCUGUGCCGCGCACCAGCUCAUCCUGGACUCGGCCUCGGAGCUGCUGCUAGCGGCCGCGGCGGCCGUGGAGUCCGGCUCGGAGGGCGCGGCGCCCGGCUCGCUGUGCCGCACCGUGCGGCAUCUCAUGCGCUCCAUCGCGUCUAUAGAGAGCUGUGCCGCGCACCAGCUCAUCCUGGACUCGGCCUCGGAGCUGCUGCUAGCGGCCGCGGCGGCCGUGGAGUCCGGCUCGGAGGGCGCGGCGCCCGGCUCGCUGUGCAGCACCGUGCGGCAUCUCAUGCGCUCCAUCGCGUCUAUAGAGAGCUGUGCCGCGCACCAGCUCAUCCUGGACUCGGCCUCGGAGCUGCUGCUAGCGGCCGCGGCGGCCGUGGAGUCCGGCUCGGAGGGCGCGGCGCCCGGCUCGCUGUGCAGCACCGUGCGGCAUCUCAUGCGCUCCAUCGCGUCUAUAGAGAGCUGUGCCGCGCACCAGCUCAUCCUGGACUCGGCCUCGGAGCUGCUGCUAGCGGCCGCGGCGGCCGUGGAGUCCGGCUCGGAGGGCGCGGCGCCCGGCUCGCUGUGCCGCACCAGAGGUAACAGUGUCAGCUGUGCCGCGCACCAGCUCAUCCUGGACUCGGCCUCGGAGCUGCUGCUAGCGGCCGCGGCGGCCGUGGAGUCCGGCUCGGAGGGCGCGGCGCCCGGCUCGCUGUGCCGCACCGUGCGGCAUCUCAUGCGCUCCAUCGCGUCUAUAGAGAGGUUGAUGGACAGGGUGCUGCAGCACUGCGACGAGUGGCCGGCCGCGCAGCACUGCCGCCGCGGCGACGAGCCGCCUGACGACCGCAACGCCAGGAAAAAGGUGGACAUGGGCUUAUCAGAGGUGGACCGGAAGUUGAUGGCGAUGUACAGACGGUUACCUGAAGUCCAUCGGCGGCAGCUGCAGGUGUAUCGGAAGCAGAAGAAACUGUCCACGGUGUGCAUGCAGCUGGUGGGCGGGCGCGCCCCCGCCCCCCCGCCGCCCGGCUCCCCGCCCCCCGCGCCCGCGCACCAAGCCUGCCGCGCGCUCUGCCCCGAGUACCACCUGCAGCGGUUCAAGGAGGUUAGACGCAAAGUGAUGCACAUGAGGGACCAGCAACUCUACUACCACAGGCUUAGAAUGUGGCUAGAGGAGCAGCUGCGGAACGAACGCGAGAGGGAACGGGACAGUAUGCCAGAAAGCAAUGUGACCCUAGUAGACGACAUACCCCGCCGCAAACGUCGAAGCAACAGCCCUAAACAACGUUUAGGCGCCGCCCCCAAAAGAAAACUAGCUCCGCCCUCCCGCCCGCACCGCAUCCUUCAAAUGCUCAAACACAAGGCGCCCACGCAACUACUCAGGCUCAAAGAUGAUGAUAAGCAGGAGGUCGAACCGCCGGAAGCGUUCCCUCUAGAGAAGGAGGAUAAUGUAAGCGACACCGAGACGAUAGUCGGCGAGAAAGAGACGGAGUUAUGCAAAGAAAUGAAAGAGUGCCUCGUGAAGUUCGCCAGCUUCGCGCUGAACAGCCUCGACAAGGGUUUGCAGGAACAUGAGCAGGAGUCGGUCAGCCCUCCGUUACAGGAAAUGUCUCCAACAACUUCCGAGCCGAUGCCCGUGUACACUCCCAAACCGAGCCAGAGGUUACUCCAGGUCAACAAGUUUCUCCCUCGCGACGACACCGUCGAUUUCCAGUCGCAAAUCGUACCAGAAGUCCUAAACGUACCCCUAAACGCAAGGCGGACGCCCGUCUUAGUCGAAGAGGAAGAAAAAUGCAUCAAAGUCGACGAGAAAGAUCCCAAUGUCUACAAAUAUGUUACCUUCGGUUUAGAAAUCAAAAAAGCUAUGGAAGAAUGCCAAAAUAUCAUCAAUUCUUACAACAGUAUUAAUAAAGAAGAGGGGAAGGAGGAGCAAGACGGGCCGCUUUCUUUAGAACAAAUAUGCGAAGUCAUGAUGAGUUUGGAUAAGAAUUCAGCUGAGUUCCUAGAGAAAAUGGACUCGGAUGAACCUAUAGAUAUAAACACAGCUAAUACUAAACUAGUGGAACUAGUAGAAAACAUGCCGCAGAUACUAGCGAACAUGCCCGAGAUAGCGUCCAAACUUUCAGAAUUCGCUAACGCCUCUUUUGAACUCCCCGAAUUCGCUUCGAUCAUGAACAGUCUCCCUGAAGUUAAUAAUGAAGCCCAACUAACCCCUGAAACCUUAAGACAGAUAAGAGAACUAAAGUUAAAUAAGAAUAAGGAUAGCGUUAAGGUAACUAAAAACACUGCCAAACGUAAAACAAGGAAAAUUAAGAGUAAUGUAGAACACGACGAUAUCAUAGGCACAAUGACUCUAGAAUUUGACAGCCAGGACAUAACAGAGCUUCUGAAAGACGAAAAAGACUUACAAGCUAUAAUGAAAAAUAAAAAUAAUAAGGAAGAUUUGAAAAUCUCCGAUCUACUCUUCUCUAUAUCAGCUCAAGUAGUUAUUAACAAAGUGUUCGAAUAUUUGAAACAAAACAAAAGUCCUGAGCUAGCUAAGUGUCUUGAGGAUGAUAUUAAUAAGGACAUAUUUAAUACGCAAAAGAAUAGCAUUAAUUCUGAAAUGUAUUCGAAAGCAUCGACGUUAUUUGACAAUUUUGUAAAAGACGCUCUGAGCAUGGACCAGUUAAGAGAGCUAGUGAAGGAUAGGUUUAAUUCUAUGAAGCACUAUGUAGCAACGAAAUUUAAUGGUAUACCUGUAGAGUUACUAGAAAACGAGAUAGAAGCCAUGCUUGAGAAAUUUUAUACUUAUAUACAAGAUUUAGCUGGAAAACAGAACGCCAGCGAUAGUGAUAAGAUAAUACAAAAGAUAGAGGAGUUAAACAAAAACUCGCAGUCCGAAAGCGAUAGCGAAGGCUGCCCGGCCUCUAAGGAAUCUUUAAAACAAAUUUCAAAACUUCUAAGCACCUCUGCUGGUAACACUUUCGAUCUACUAAUAAUGAAACUAUCUAAAAUGUCUUUAGACAAAAAGACUUCAGUGAAAAGUCUGAAAUUUAAAUAUAUAGAUGUUAUAAAACGGUGCGCGGAUUCUGUCCAACUAACAGGGUGGAUUGUACUCAAUCCGGAGAUAGCUAGUAAUGUUAUAGAAGAAAUGACAGGAAUACCAAGUAAGAAUACAGAAAACGUGCCAGAUUUUCUUACCAUGCCUGACGAAGAAAAGAAAGAAUACUUCUUAGAGCGUUUAAAAGAUAUGAAUAAGUCGUACAUGGACACAUUGCCUAAAGAUGUGCUCUCGGGCGACGAGUGGCUAGUAAUGCUAUAUAGACUAGAAAAACUAGAAGCUAAGAUUAAGGAAUCUUUUACUAAAUUAAGUUUACCUAAAAGCCCAGCUAUACAGGCAAGCGAAGCUGAAAUACUAGCCGCUAAAGGCUUAAGCAAAAUCAUAGGUAAGGCUAACUCUAGAGUAGUGAAAAAACCGGAGCAAAAAGUUAAAAAAGAAGAGAAAAUCGAAUCGAAAGAGACAGAAGAAGAUAAGAAAUCUAAAAACGAAGUGUUGCUAGCGAAAUGCGAAGCGAUAUUAACGUCUAAAGGAGAGAAAUCAUUAUUAGACAGUUUUUAUACUAUAAAAUCAUAUAUCACCCAAGGUUUACCGGUACCGGAAUCUUAUAAAAAGCAUGUAAUUUCAAUAUGCUCAAGCAUAGAUGCGAAAUUACUAGACGACGAUAUACAGGAGACUUUGAAACUUGACGAGGCUGAAGAUAAAGAUAAGGAUAAGACAAAUCUAUCUGUCAUAGGCUCUCAAAACCCUGAGCUGCUAGCGAAAUAUUCAGCUCAAGCUUUAAGAAACGCUAAACAAACAUUAAACGCUGUAGCCUUUAGAAAUAUGAUGCGAAACGGACAGACGAAAUCAGAAUCAGACGCUUGCGAUACUCCGAAAACUGAUUGCAAAUGGACGAACGAUUGUAUCUGUAACUCCUGCAAAGACAACGAUAAUGUGUGUUUAGGGGACAUUGUGAAGCAAUGUUAUGAUGACGGCAAGAGCAAGACGGGGCUAGAGGAGAAGAAGAAGGAGGUAAAAGUGGUUAAACCGGCGGUGAAACCGGCGGCUAAGCCGAAGGUGUGCGAGAACGCGUCGCAUCAGCAGCAUGUUUGUAAAGUCGGUCACUCGAACGGCACUGCCGCGUGCGCGGGCGACGGCGCGGCCGACCAGCCCUGCACGUGCUGCUACUGCACCGUGUUCGGACAUGCGCCGCCGCUCACGACGCCGGUGCCGCGCAACUACAACGAGACGAGGGAGCGUUUGCGCUCCAUACUCAAUAAGAAAAAGCAGAAAUGCAGGACGGCUAACGGUUCGGCGUCGCCAGUGGCAGUGAAGCCAGUGCUCGCUAAGCCAGUAGCAGCCAAGCCGGUGGCAGCCAAGCCGGUAGCAGUCAAGCCGGUGGUAGCCAAGCCGGUGGCACCGCCCGAGGUGCCCAAGCCGGUGCCCGCGCCGCCCACUCCUAAGCCGCCAUUCGUGUUCCAGGCGCUCCCCAAAACCCUCCCCCCGGCGGGCCCGCCGCUCACGGCCGCGCAGACGCACGCGCAGCUCAAGCGGCAGGGCGAGCGCCAGCCCGACAAGAUGGCCGCCGUGCUCGACAAGAUGGCCGACAUGAGCGUCAGCGAUGACAAACCCAAGGUGAGUACAAGUAUGCGUCAGCAGCUCAAGCGGCAGGGCGAGCGCCAGCCCGACAAGAUGGCCGCCGUGCUCGACAAGAUGGCCGACAUGAGCGUCAGCGACGACAAACCCAAGGUGAGUACAAGUAUGCGUCAGCAGCUCAAGCGGCAGGGCGAGCGCCAGCCCGACAAGAUGGCCGCCGUGCUCGACAAGAUGGCCGACAUGAGCGUCAGCGACGACAAACCCAAGGUGAGUACAAGUAUGCGUCAGCAGCUCAAGCGGCAGGGCGAGCGCCAGCCCGACAAGAUGGCCGCCGUGCUCGACAAGAUGGCCGACAUGAGCGUCAGCGACGACAAACCCAAGGUAAGUACAAGUAUGCGUCAGCAGCUCAAGCGGCAGGGCGAGCGCCAGCCCGACAAGAUGGCCGCCGUGCUCGACAAGAUGGCCGACAUGAGCGUCAGCGACGACAAACCCAAGGUGAGUACAAGUAUGCGUCAGCAGCUCAAGCGGCAGGGCGAGCGCCAGCCCGACAAGAUGGCCGCCGUGCUCGACAAGAUGGCCGACAUGAGCGUCAGCGACGACAAACCCAAGGUGAGUACAAGUAUGCGUCAGCAGCUCAAGCGGCAGGGCGAGCGCCAGCCCGACAAGAUGGCCGCCGUGCUCGACAAGAUGGCCGACAUGAGCGUCAGCGACGACAAGCCCAAGGUGAGUACAAGUAUGCGUCAGCAGCUCAAGCGGCAGGACGAACGCCAGCCCGACAAGAUGGCCGCCGUGCUCGACAAGAUGGCCGACAUGAGCGUCAGCGACGACAAGCCCAAGGCAUUACAACGCACGGUGCCGGUUCAAGUGAACGUGCCGCCCGCCUUGAAGGCUGAGGGAAAAGUCAACCCCAACGCUAUGGAACAGAUUCGAUUACAGCAACUAAAACAACAACAACAGCAACAGGCCGCAUUCCAGCAGCGACCCGUCCCUCAACCCGCGCCCGCCCAAAAGAAACCGGAGCCCAUCUACGACCUGCCCAUACACAACAAGCCCACGCUCACACCGCAGCAGCAGCAGCAGAUCCAGCGGCAGCAGCAGCUGCAGCAACAGGUACCACCGCCCACACUGUUAAACCGGAGCCCAUCUACGACCUGCCCAUACACAACAAGCCCACGCUCACACCGCAGCAGCAGCAGCAGCAGCAGAUCCAGCGGCAGCAGCAGCUGCACAGCAGCAGCAGCAGCAGAUCCAGCGGCAGCAGCAGCUGCAGCAACAGGUACCACCGCCUACACUGUUAAACCGGAGCCCAUCUACGACCUGCCCAUACACAACAAGCCCACGCUCACACCGCAGCAGCAGCAGCAGAUCCAGCGGCAGCAGCAGCUGCAGCAACAGGUACCACCGCCCACACUGUUAAACCGGACAGCAGCAGCAGAUCCAGCGGCAGCAGCAGCUGCAGCAACAGGUACCACCGCCCACACUGUUAAACCGGAGCCCAUCUACGACCUGCCCAUACACAACAAGCCCACGCUCACACCGCAGCAGCAGCAGCAGAUCCAGCGGCAGCAGCAGCUGCAGCAACAGCUACAACAGCAGCGUCAGAGCAGGCCGGCGGCGCAGCAGGUGUCUCUCUCUAGCAGGGAUACCAGCGUAUUUUCUACGUCCAGCGGGUGCUCAGGGAUGACGUCACACAGCGGUGGUGGCGGGUGCUGGCGCGGCGUGCAGCAGGACCCUCGCGACCUGGACGCGCUGCUGCAGUACAUCGAGGGGCCGGCGCGGCACGUCGACCGCGGCAAGAAGCGCGCCAAGAAACAGCGGCAGAAGGGCAAGCGGGUAUGUUCCGGUCCGUUGAUGACGUCACACAGCGGUGGUGGCGGGUGCUGGCGCGGCGUGCAGCAGGACCCUCGCGACCUGGACGCGCUGCUGCAGUACAUCGAGGGGCCGGCGCGGCACGUCGACCGCGGCAAGAAGCGCGCCAAGAAACAGCGGAUGACGUCACACAGCGGUGGUGGCGGGUGCUGGCGCGGCGUGCAGCAGGACCCUCGCGACCUGGACGCGCUGCUGCAGUACAUCGAGGGGCCGGCGCGGCACGUCGACCGCGGCAAGAAGCGCGCCAAGAAACAGCGGAUGACGUCACACAGCGGUGGUGGCGGGUGCUGGCGCGGCGUGCAGCAGGACCCUCGCGACCUGGACGCGCUGCUGCAGUACAUCGAGGGGCCGGCGCGGCACGUCGACCGCGGCAAGAAGCGCGCCAAGAAACAGCGGAUGACGUCACACAGCGGUGGUGGCGGGUGCUGGCGCGGCGUGCAGCAGGACCCUCGCGACCUGGACGCGCUGCUGCAGUACAUCGAGGGGCCGGCGCGGCACGUCGACCGCGGCAAGAAGCGCGCCAAGAAACAGCGGAUGACGUCACACAGCGGUGGUGGCGGGUGCUGGCGCGGCGUGCAGCAGGACCCUCGCGACCUGGACGCGCUGCUGCAGUACAUCGAGGGGCCGGCGCGGCACGUCGACCGCGGCAAGAAGCGCGCCAAGAAACAGCGGAUGACGUCACACAGCGGUGGUGGCGGGUGCUGGCGCGGCGUGCAGCAGGACCCUCGCGACCUGGACGCGCUGCUGCAGUACAUCGAGGGGCCGGCGCGGCACGUCGACCGCGGCAAGAAGCGCGCCAAGAAACAGCGGAUGACGUCACACAGCGGUGGUGGCGGGUGCUGGCGCGGCGUGCAGCAGGACCCUCGCGACCUGGACGCGCUGCUGCAGUACAUCGAGGGGCCGGCGCGGCACGUCGACCGCGGCAAGAAGCGCGCCAAGAAACAGCGGAUGACGUCACACAGCGGUGGUGGCGGGUGCUGGCGCGGCGUGCAGCAGGACCCUCGCGACCUGGACGCGCUGCUGCAGUACAUCGAGGGGCCGGCGCGGCACGUCGACCGCGGCAAGAAGCGCGCCAAGAAACAGCGGCAGAAGGCGGUGGUGGCGGGUGCUGGCGCGGCGUGCAGCAGGACCCUCGCGACCUGGACGCGCUGCUGCAGUACAUCGAGGGGCCGGCGCGGCACGUCGACCGCGGCAAGAAGCGCGCCAAGAAACAGCGGCAGAAGGGCAAGCGGGUAUGUUCCGGUCCGUUGUAGGAUGACGUCACACAGCGGUGGUGGCGGGUGCUGGCGCGGCGUGCAGCAGGACCCUCGCGACCUGGACGCGCUGCUGCAGUACAUCGAGGGGCCGGCGCGGCACGUCGACCGCGGCAAGAAGCGCGCCAAGAAACAGCGGCAGAAGGGCAAGCGGAUGGAGGUCCGUCUGCUGGAAGAACACACGCAGCUGGGCACGCAGCUGAACCGCAUGCGGCUAGAAUUGCGAGCGAUGCAAGCGCGACACAUGGUGACCGCGCGCCAGGCCGAGGAGGCCAAGGCGCAGCUGAAACAGACGCAGGCGAAGAAGAAAGGAAAGAAACAAAAAAUGAAUCCAGCGCAGCAAGCCAAAACGCAGUUGAUAGCUGAACAACUAGGGGAGCUUAAUACUCUACUGAAUGCGACAGCUAAGGAAGUAGCGGAGGCGGAGCGACAAGUGUCCGAGUUCGCUGCACGCUUCGAGGCGUGCGAGCGACAAUUAGCAUUAGCCCGCACCUUACAGGGCGACUCGCCGCGCCCGCCCCCACCCGUGCCCACCCCCGCGUCCGCCCCGCAGGUGCACAGACACGUGAGUACAUUAGCCCGCACCUUACAGGGCGACUCGCCGCGCCCGCCCCCACCCGUGCCCACCCCCGCGUCCGCCCCGCAGGUGCACAGACACGUGAGUACAUUAGCCCGCACCUUACAGGGCGACUCGUCGCGCCCGCCCCCACCCGUGCCCACCCCCGCGUCCGCCCCGCAGGUGCACAGACACGUGAGUACAUUAGCCCGCACCUUACAGGGCGACUCGCCGCGCCCGCCCCCACCCGUGCCCACCCCCGCGUCCGCCCCGCAGGUGCACAGACACGUGAGUACAUUAGCCCGCACCUUACAGGGCGACUCGCCGCGCCCGCCCCCACCCGUGCCCACCCCCGCGUCCGCCCCGCAGGUGCACAGACACGUGAGUACAUUAGCCCGCACCUUACAGGGCGACUCGCCGCGCCCGCCCCCACCCGUGCCCACCCCCGCGUCCGCCCCGCAGGUGCACAGACACGUGAGUACAUUAGCCCGCACCUUACAGGGCGACUCGCCGCGCCCGCCCCCACCCGUGCCCACCCCCGCGUCCGCCCCGAAGGUGCACAGACACGUGAGUACAUUAGCCCGCACCUUACAGGGCGACUCGCCGCGCCCGCCCCCACCCGUGCCCACCCCCGCGUCCGCCCCGCAGGUGCACAGACACGUGAGUACAUUAGCCCGCACCUUACAGGGCGACUCGCCGCGCCCGCCCCCACCCGUGCCCACCCCCGCGUCCGCCCCGCAGGUGCACAGACACGUGAGUACAUUAGCCCGCACCUUACAGGGCGACUCGCCGCGCCCGCCCCCACCCGUGCCCACCCCCGCGUCCGCCCCGCAGGUGCACAGACACGUGAGUACAUUAGCCCGCACCUUACAGGGCGACUCGCCGCGCCCGCCCCCACCCGUGCCCACCCCCGCGUCCGCCCCGCAGGUGCACAGACACGUGAGUACAUUAGCCCGCACCUUACAGGGCGACUCGCCGCGCCCGCCCCCACCCGUGCCCACCCCCGCGUCCGCCCCGCAGGUGCACAGACACGUGAGUACAUUAGCCCGCACCUUACAGGGCGACUCGCCGCGCCCGCCCCCACCCGUGCCCACCCCCGCGUCCGCCCCGCAGGUGCACAGACACGUGAGUACAUUAGCCCGCACCUUACAGGGCGACUCGCCGCGCCCGCCCCCACCCGUGCCCACCCCCGCGUCCGCCCCGCAGGUGCACAGACACGUGAGUACAUUAGCCCGCACCUUACAGGGCGACUCGCCGCGCCCGCCCCCACCCGUGCCCACCCCCGCGUCCGCCCCGCAGGUGCACAGACACGUGAGUACAUUAGCCCGCACCUUACAGGGCGACUCGCCGCGCCCGCCCCCACCCGUGCCCACCCCCGCGUCCGCCCCGCAGGUGCACAGACACGUGAGUACAUUAGCCCGCACCUUACAGGGCGACUCGUCGCGCCCGCCCCCACCCGUGCCCACCCCCGCGUCCGCCCCGCAGGUGCACAGACACGUGAGUACAUUAGCCCGCACCUUACAGGGCGACUCGCCGCGCCCGCCCCCACCCGUGCCCACCCCCGCGUCCGCCCCGCAGGUGCACAGACACGUGAGUACAUUAGCCCGCACCUUACAGAGCGACUCGCCGCGCCCGCCCCCACCCGUGCCCACCCCCGCGUCCGCCCCGCAGGUGCACAGACACGUGAGUACAUUAGCCCGCACCUUACAGGGCGACUCGCCGCGCCCGCCCCCACCCGUGCCCACCCCCGCGUCCGCCCCGCAGGUGCACAGACACGUGAGUACAUUAGCCCGCACCUUACAGGGCGACUUGCCGCGCCCGCCCCCACCCGUGCCCACCCCCGCGUCCGCCCCGCAGGUGCACAGACACGUGAGUACAUUAGCCCGCACCUUACAGGGCGACUCGCCGCGCCCGCCCCCACCCGUGCCCACCCCCGCGUCCGCCCCGCAGGUGCACAGACACUUGGAAGCGGCGAUGCUGCACAAGCAGCAACUGCAGCAGCAACACCAGCAGCUCCAGCAGCAGCAUCAGCAGCAAAUGCAGCAACAAUUCGCCGCCGCGCACCUGCUGGUCAGCGACAAGAUGGACCGCCAGAAACAGAAGGCGUUUAUCAUGAUGCACGCGCAGCCGCCGCCGCCGUCGCCGCCGGCCUCGCCGCCGCGCAAGCACACCUGGGAGCAGGCGCUCGCGCACAUCAACCAGCUCGCCAAGGGCUCCACCAAGGAGAAGAAGAAACAAAAAGAAGUUGAAAAGCCGAAGCCAGUGGAGGUGAAACAGAAGGAGCCGCAGCGGUCUCAGUCGCUCCCAGACAACCAGCCGCUCUCUAAGAAACAGAGGAAACUGCUCGCCAAGCAACAGGCUGAAGAAGAAGAGCGAAAGAGACAGCAGCAGCUCCAGAAGCAAGAAGCGAAGAGUAAAAAGGACAAAGAUAAGAAACCUGAGCCUCCCAAAGCUGAACCCAAGAAAGCAAACAAGAAAGACACCAAGAAACAAGAGCCAGUGAAGAAAGAGGAUAAAAUAGAUAAGAAAAAGGAGAAAGGGAAGGAAAAUAAACAGGAGAAGGCUCCACCACUACCGGCACCUACCGCGAAACAGACGAAGCAGAGCAAGAAAGAGAAAAAAGAACAGAAGGCGCAUGUUAUCAACAUCACCGCCGACACCACCAUUGAGGUGGUCAGCAAAAAGGGCUCCCCGGGCGCGGCGGCGGCGCCGGCGGCCUGCAGCAUCAUGGAGCAGCUCAGCUGCGGCGUGCAGGUAUCUGAUUUACGGUUACCACCCGGUAUUACGUUAACAAGAGUACAACCUAAUGAGAAGAAAGAACCCGCUCCUAUCAAAUCUGUGCCGCUGUGGAAGGCGCACGCGCUGGGCGCCGCGCCCACGCCCGUGGCGCGCCCGGCGCCCGUCAUCAACGCCGACCCCGCCGCCAUGAUGUUCACCACCGCCGCUCCGGAACAACCGAAAACAAUAAUAAUACCCGAGCCGACCCCCCAACCGGGGCGCUCCAAAAAGGCGAAGAAGAAGGCCAAGAGAGCCGCCGCCGCCGCCGAGGCCGAGCCCAAGGUCGACGGCACCAAGAUGGUCACCCUCCGCAACCCCAUGUUCCAUCCGAACGUGCCCCCCGUCGCCAACCCCGUCAAGAAACCAGAAAUAAGGAUCCCGGACCCCAUCCCGAUGCCGCCCAACGCUUGCCAGGCGACCAUCACCCCCACAUCCAACGGAAUGUACACUAUCAGGAACCCGUUAAUGUCCAUGAUGCACCAGCAAAGCUUAAUGGGGCAGCAAACCAUGCCGAUGUACGGACAACAGUAUAACUAUGUCAACCCUAACACUUAUACACCGGUGCAGACCGUACCCAACCCGCAAGCGUACGUUCUAGAUCCAUCUAGAAAUUCACCGAAGCAAGAUGAAUUCCAAAAUAGAAUUAUGAACUUGGCGUCGUUUACACAGAAAAACGAUGAAGGUUAUUCGCUGUUCAAAACUAACGAAGACAACCAGCAGAACAACUUCCUAACACCGGAGUAUUAUCUUGAAAAUCCGAGCCCUAAGCCGGUCGUAUCGCCGAAUCCUAUAGGAACCAGACCGAUUAACGACUCUAACCGAUCAUUUGACUCGAACGACUCAUCGUUAUUCACAAAUACGGUGAGACCUGAACCUUUAGGCACUGCUAUAAACGACUAUGCAGGACUGUAUACCCCGUUUGGUCAAGAAGACCGUAACGUAUUCAGAAAUGCCUUGUUCAAUGAUAAUAACGUGCCGAGUUACGGCAGUUACGAUGAUGCGGCGAAUCAAAUGGUGAACGGGGACCCGCUGCCGUACUUCCAGAGGUUGAGGGUUGGAUCUAAGUUGAAUAAUGAAGUGACGAUACAUCAUGUUACGGAGUCCAAGUUUUAUAAGGGACAGGACGGGUGCGGCGCCGAGGUGCGCGACGAGUCGCUGUUCUCGCGGCCCGCGUGGCCCAGCGUGUACCCCAGACCACAGCCCGUGGGCGUGUCCUCCCCGAGCUCGCUGUCGGGCUCGGGCGGCGGGGGCGGGGGCGGGGGCGGCUCCGGGGGGGGCUCCCCGCCCGACGACGACGCGCGCUUCGGGCCCGUGCAGCGGCCCCCGCCCCCGCCCCCGCACCCACACCCGAGACCCGUCUAGAUCACACAGUUUCCCACCAACAUCGACCCACAAAACCGACGAGCACAACACAAAAUCCAAAAUCUUCCCGACAUAUUAUUCAGAAAAUAUAGACAAAAAUAUCUAUUAUUUAAUGAAAAACGUAAACAUUAGUAUAAAAACACUCAAAUACUAUUGUUAAAUAAUGUACGAUCUACACCAAACGACUAAAGUAGAGGUAAAUUAUUUAGGAGCCGUGCACGCAUUGGUCACGCAAACGGUGUGGCGUAUUACGUAAAGAUCUAUAUAAUACAACAGACACGCGAGAUAUACAGCUCGUCUUUUCUAACUGUAUCGAUUAGAUGAUAAUGAUUCAAAUUCUUUUAAUAUCUAAAACACGAGCCAGGUUCAGGUGUUUUGUGUAAAUCGUACAGUGUUAAUAGCGUAGAAUUUUUUGACAUGAAAAUCGAUAGGUAUUUUAUUUAAUGACUGUGACAUGAAUAUUUAUUAUAAUUGAUAUGACAUUUUAACUCGCCUUCUACUAUAUGAUAUUAAGCGUAUGCUGAGACGCAGGCGACGCAGUUCACGCAGCGCAGAGCAGAUUUUGUAAAGUAUCGUCCUUGGGCUGCAGCGUGCGUAGCUAAAGGACAUUCUAUACUUUACAAAGUCUGCUAAGCUUGUGUGGGCGAAUCAACAUUUUGCUGUCACUCGUUGCCAUGGUUAUAUUCUCCUGGACAACUCUUAAAGACUUGAUAUAUAACGUGUUUGGAAUAAAACCUCCAUCAGUGGGGUACAGCGUAUUUGUCUAAAUAACAGCACGAUAAGUUUAUCGCGUGGAUAAAUCCAUCCAUAAAAUCCUCUGUAAAGAUUUGAUGGUGACACUUUUAUCAUCUAUCGUGUCAUAUACUUUUCUAAUGUAUUUAGAUUAUUCAUUAUGUUGAUAUGUAAAUGAAUAAUCCAAUAUCGUAUCAAAGAAAGAGAUUGCAAUUUGUUCUCACCUAAAUCUCAAGGACUUAACUCGUGUAAUAAAUCUUCUGCAUGGUGCGUAAUUAUAAUUACUUGAUUAUACAUUAGCAAUAAAGGCAAUUUAUAAGUCUGAUUUGUAAUUUUCACAGACCGAUAAGACUUAGAGCUAAAAUGAAAAGCUUUAGAACCUCUAAAAGGAAUAAGUCCUUUGGAUAAAACCAAUUAAUAUAAUAAUUUAAUUAAUUGUUAACACUGAUACUCUUGCAUUUUAUUUUCAUUAUUGUUAUUGUUGUUUUUGUUCUAUUGCACAAAUAGCUGUUUUACUCUGUAGAAACUUUAUUAAACAUGAUGUUAAAAUAUUAUCAUUAAGGAAACUUUAAGUCUACCUUCAAGAAAAUUUUCAGUCUUAUGUAUAACUAUAAAAGGCUGUUUGUUUCUUAAAUAAAUAAUAUUUCGAGGAUUUGAACCAAAAUAUCAGUUGAAUUUAUUGUUGAAGCAACUUUGAAAAGGAGUGUACAGGUUUUUAAACGGUAACUGCUGCAGUUGCAAGCGUCCGUAUGCUACGAUAUCCGCUUACCGGGCUGUGAGCUUUUUUGCCACGUGGUAUAAUUGGCAGCUCUAAGUCUUAUCUCUGUACUGGGCCUUUGGCCCUCGACCCCGACACUGACGUAUGACGAAGUUCGUAUGGAACUGAUAAGAGUAUUAUAACCGACAGCAGGUUGUAUGUAAACGUUAAGUGAAAUGUAUAUUAUAGAUGAA